AUGAAUUCCUUAAAUAUAGAGAAGAAUAAAUUUAUGAAGAGAGCAAUAGAACGUAAAUCUUAAAGAGAGAUUAAUCUAACUCCAUCCAUUGUUCUAUCAGACAAAGAAAUUGAAAUCGAUGACUUCGAUUCUCCAACUACCUUAAAUUUAUAAAUACCAAUCUUUAGUCCAACUAAAAUGAUUUUUUCUCUACCUAAGUCUACAGGUACAAUCAAAUGA